AUGAUCAGGUAUUAUAAGGAGAGUUAUGUGGAAAGUGAAAUCAUCAUUGAUCUGCUAGGUGACUCUAAACCCUGUGAUUGUAAUGGUAGAACAGAUACAUGUGAUCCUGCUACAGGAGCCUGUAUAAACUGUAGAGAUAAUACUGCAGGAGCAUUGUGUGAUAUAUGCGCGGCAGGCUUCUAUGGAGAUCCUGUACAUGGAGAACCAUGUACACCUUGCCAGUGUCCAAGCAGUGAUAGAAACUUCGCCCUAACUUGCAGUACAGCAGCCAGUGGGGCAUUCAGCUGCCAGUGCCAGGAGGGGUAUACAGGACCAUCUUGUGACAGAUGUGAAUACGGUUAUUAUGGAAACCCAGAGAAAGAAAAGGACUGUUUACAAUAUCAAAUAUAUUUUAAAAGGACUGUUCACAAUAUCUAA